AUGGCCGAGAAUGUACUUAUAACAAAAAUAACAAACUUAAUGCAGAUGUGUGUAGAUUGGAAUAAAAUACCUAAUGAAUGCAAGUUAGCCUAUAUCACUUCUAUAUAUAAAAAAAGGAAGAGAAAAGAUCCGAAUAACUACAGAGGUCUUAGUGUGAAUUGCACUUUCAGCGGACUUUUCACAAAAAUAAUUAGGAAUAAGUUAGAAAUAUCUACUUACAACAAAAUCAGUGAAGAGCAGAGUGGCUUUACUGCAGGGCGUUCAUAUAUAGAUAAUCUAUUUACUAUCCAACAACUGAUAGAAAAACGGAAUUCACGUGAAGAAGAUACGCAUCUAGCUUUUGUAGACCUUCAAAAAGCUUACGACUCCAUCCCCGGAGUUAAACUAUGGUACAUACUGGAACAACUUGAUGUGGAUGAAUGUCUCAUAAAUUUAAAUAAGGUGCUGUACAACAACAACACAGGUCUGAGGUAA